GAACCACUACCACAGAAGUGACUACAACUAUCCCAUGGUGGUGGACUACCAGAAUACCUUUGCAGGCCACCACUCCUCCCCUCAGUAAACUACCUUUGCAGUUCUCUUUUCUUGUGGAUCCGCCGGUUCCUUCAUGCCAGGAGGGGCUGUAUUUGCCAAUGUUUGUGCACCCAACACCUGCAAAUGGAGAACAGAUUCAUGCAGAGGUCAACAAAGAGGUUGAGAUCAGAAUCAAAGCACAGGCAUCAUAUGCAGCAAUACAAGACAUCAUCAUCAGCGGGCCAAUGAAUAUGACUAAGCACAGAACCACACAUGAUGAGUUUGUCCUGCGGUGGACUCCACUCUCAAGCGACCUGGGAGAUUAUUUCCCAGUCUGCUUUGCUGUUGAAUCAGCCACAGGGUCAGCAGCAACCAGUUCUCUGGGCUAUACCCACUCUCAUUCCCAUUUUGCUACCCCAACCUCACAGUCAGGCGUCUAUCAGUCUGAGAUGAGGUGUGUUGUCUUGCAAGUUGGGAAGAAAGAAAUUAAAACCAAUGUGAUCUGCACUGAGUCUACAAUGACAGUAGAGGUUGAGAAAUCAUCCUUCAAUGGACUCCAUGAGAAUCAUCUGCGCCUCAGUGAAUCCAGCAACACCCUCUGCAGCCUCGAGAGAUACUCCAACAGCACUCACAUCAUUGGUGUCAUCCCUCUCAAUGCCUGUGGCACUCAGCUCGAGGAGGAUGCAGAAAAUCUCAUUUUCAAGAAUGAAAUCACCACAGUGGAUGACAGCAGAGAUCUGAUCACCAGGAAGCAUCACCUCGAAGUCGAGUUCUACUGUCAGUAUCCCAAAAAGGGAAAUGUGUCUCUGGGCUUCACAGCACACAGGAAGAGCGUGGAAGUGUGGGACAAAGGCUUUGGCAAGUUCACCUACCAGUUUGAGUUCUACCCCAACAACCAGUUCCAAAACAUGAUUGAUCCAAAUUCAUACCCUCUGGAGUAUGAUGUGGGGCAGAAGAUUUACAUGGAGAUAGAUGCUUCCACUACGGUCAGUGACACCGAGAUAUUUGUGGAGUCCUGCAGAGCCUCACCAUAUGACAACCCCAACUACCACCCAAUCUACUCCAUCAUUGAAGAUGGGUGUCCAGUGGACCCAACUGUGAUGGUCCAUGCCACUGACAACAAGAGGCAGUUUCGAUUCUGCAUUGAGGCCUUCAAGUUCAUCGGCUUGUACGAUCAGGUAUACAUCAGCUGUUCAGUAAUCAUGUGUAAGGCUGGAGACCCCAACACCAGGUGCUCACAGGGAUGCAUCAACUCCACAUCAAAUGAUCACCACCACGUCAGAAAGAGGGAUGCUGCCUUCCAGACUGCACAGCACUUCAUUUCCCAGGGUCCCCUGCGCUUGAAGCGGUCAGCAGACAUCAGCAGCACUGCAGGGAACAACCUGAACCUGGACCUGAACCUGGUCUUCAUCGCUGGAUGUCUCCUUGUUGCUGUUGGUAUGAUCUGUGGUGUGGCCAUGUACAGGUCCAAAAUGUCAAAGGUCAAGUACCAGCCUUUGCCCUCAUGUGAAAGUUAAGACAGCAGUGAAUCGAUUUGAAUCGAUUUUGAAUCGAUUUUGAUCAUCGUGCUCUCAGGUUUUUGGUGUUCAUGGAUCUUCUAAAUUUUGCAUUUAAAUGAAUCAAUUUCAAAGUAAAUUCAAAUCAGUUGAAUUCAGUUUUAUUUCUAUAGGGCCAAACAGCAGCCACCUUGUGUGCUUUAUAUUGUAGGGUAUGGUUGGGAAAAUUUUAGUCUCUAUUUGUAAGCUUUAAGGUGGGAGAGAAAUGUCAUCACUGCAACUAGAAAAAAGGAUUUCAGAUGAUGAGCUAUUGAAUGAUUUGCCCACAAGCUCAUGGAGCUUUACAGUGGAUUUUAUUAUAACA